AUGUUCCAUCCUCGAAAUGUAAUUGAUGAUGAUAGUGAUUAUGAUGAUGAAACAGUUAAUUCAAAUAUUUCCGAUAAAAUUCGUUCAAUUAUUAAAUAUAUAUGUAAUUAUAUAUGGAGUAUAACUUUUAUAUUUAUUAUUUUUAUUAUGUAUGUAUCUAUUCGUGGUCCAUUCAAUAUUAUAAAUAAUUUUAAUGCCGGUAAACAUUUUGAAAUGGAAAUUCUUUAG